CAAAAACAAAUUCCCAUAUCGUUGCACCACUUCGGGGCCACUGAGAAAUGGCGGCGAUCGCUCGCCUGCACCUCCUCCAGCCACCGCCGGCCGCCAUGAACACUUCCGUGCUCUUCUCAAAACUCCCUCCCCCCUCCCCCUUCUCCAACCCUAAUUACAGCCUCUACCCCACUCGUACACGCAAAAUCCGACACAUGUAAAAAGACUCUUUCAUUCGGCUCAUCUUGUAACAUUUUUUUUUUUGCACAAUUUUCGGAUGAAGUAGAAAUGGGUUCAAUUGAUGAUGAGAUACAAGCGGCGAAGCUGAAUUCGAGUAGGGAUUGUUGCGAAAAUAGAACCCAACAAUUUGACAGUCAGUCUCCUCCGCCUUCACUGCUUGGUGAAAAACUCAAAGACAAGGCCUUCUAUGAGUUACAGUUUCAGCAGUGUACAUUGCCAAUGGUUGAUACCAUUCCACUCGAAGACGCAUUUGAGACCCAGGCUAUAAAUCUUGCCGGUGAAACUCAAGUAUUGGAUGAUCCUGAUGUUGCAGCAUUUGAGACCCAGGCUAUAGAUAUUGCUGGUGAAACUCAAGUAUUGGAUGAUCCUGAUGGUGCUGCAAACAUGGGUGCCCAGUUGUUGGGCAAUUGCUAUUAUGAAGUUGUUGUUACUGAUGGUGAAGGAUCAGAUGCGACAGAAGUUUUAGAUGAUUCUGUGGAGUUCUCUGAUGAUGAUUCAGCAAAAAGAGUGGGUAUUUGUGCAGUGCAUCAGGAGAGUAAGCUCUAUUCCUCUGCUUUCAAAGAGGAUGAGAGGGGAUUUAAAGCAAAGUUAGAUGGUUUGGACAUUGAACUGCAGAGUUCAGGAUUCAAGCAGAAGACUUCCACUUCAGUUCAUGCAGCAUCUUGGAGGGCCUGUUCUUCAGCAGCUCGUAUCAUGGCUCUUAAGGGAACCAGCGAUGAGUCCUCUCUAAUAAAGAGUGACACACAGUCUUUGAAGCAAUAUACUUCUGACUUUAAGGAGAUAGCUGUUAUUAAAAAUUCAUCGGCACUUGGAGUGGAAGUAGAUCUGGAGGAUUUUUCGGGCAAGUGCAAUGAGCAGAUUAAGGGAUCAGGGAAUGAAAACAAGUACGGGGUUGGUAGUUCAAUAGUGAGGAGGCUUUUUAUGAAUGAUACACUUGAAGGACCUGACAACUGCACAAAUAAUGCUGAUUUGCCUCAUUUACCUGCUUGUGGCGAUGAAGUGGCGGGGUUAAGCUAUGUUGACUCUCAAGAACCUGGAGAGUUGUCGCAAGACAAUGCACUCAACUUUGUGGACAGGUUUCUGAAAUUUAACGUCAUGGAUGUUGAUCAAGAAGGUGACAUUGGAAGGUCUACUGGGGAGAAAUCAAAGCCCGUCUCAAGUACGAAAGGGAUUCAAAGUUUGGCGAAAAGAACUAGUUUCAUCAGUACAGCUGGAGAAAGAGGGACUUUUGAUUGGAAUGACAGCCUUGAAGAUGAGGGAGGGGGUGAGUUUUUCACCAAAAAGAAGGAAGCGUUCUUUGAUGAUGGAGGUGGUCGGAGGAAGAGAUCUUGUACCAAACAUCAGAAGGUCAAGAAUUACUCCAAAGGAUGUGGGGCUGUUGAUGAAACCAGGGACAAAGGGAUAGUGUCGCAAAACUCAAAAAGGAAAGACAAGACAGAAAAUAUAAUAGAUACAAAACCUAAAAAGAACGUGACUGAGGAGUUGGAUGAACAGUUAAAGACUGGCGCCCCAGAUGGAACAGAAGCUAUUGUUACUGACAAGGAUAUGCCGGAGAUGCUUAAUGUAGGUUUUGAUACUCAAAUGGCUGCUGAAUCCAUGGAAGCGUUGUGCUUUGGUUUGGAUGUGGCUAACUGUGACAACGAAGACUCUCAUGAUGGUAGCAACAAUCUUAAUAACGGUUCUUCCAGAGGAGAAAAAGGGGAUAGAGCAUGGUCUGCGACGCAUGUGCGACGGACGAGAUCAAGUUCAGUCAAGAAAUGCCAUUUGCAAGGGCAAACUGGUUUUUUUACACCCAUAGCUUGUCGAACUAGGCAGCGAAGUGUGACAAACCCGUUAAGGGCUGGAAUUGCACCAUAUAAUUCUGGAAAAGCCAGCAUCCUUAAUCCCAAGCAAUCUGGAGAAAAUGAAAAUGAAAAUGUGAAUGAGCAGGAGAAAUCAUGUCAGAAGGUGAGAGAUACAAUUGCUGCUGUCAGAAUUGGUGAAUUUAGAAGAACUCUUAGAAAGUUUUCAGGCCAGUUAAAUGGAAGUACCAACCCACAUGGAUCAGUCAAUCAAAUUGUUGGGCAGAAAACUAAUGGACAAUCUCCUGGAAAAUCAAACAGAUCGAAAACCAAUGGUUUAAAAAGGAAAAACCGAGAAUCUACGAAUGAUGGUCCAGUUUCGCCUGCUGUGGAUAAAGGUGUUUCAGGGUUUGCGGCUCUUGAAUGUAACUCUACAGACGGAAAUUUGGCCCCUAAAGACAUGGUUGGGGCUUUGACAUCCAAGCCUUCUGACAGGCAGAGGGAUGCAGAUACCAUUUCAGGUGGAGGAAACGCCAAAUUACAAGUGUCACCAGGGGAUAAAUGCAAGCCCUCUGGUUCAGUAUCUGCUAAUUGUACCACUCCUGUAAGCGCUGCAUCGCUUAUCUGUGUGGGUGAUGAGUGUCUUAAACAGUCAUGCAGAAAGAAUUUGUCAAGAUCAUUCCUUAUGAGGGAAAUCAAGAGCUUAAUUUCCAACAGUCCAGAGGCUACUUCUACAACCAGAGAUUCUAGGAGGAGGCGAGAGAUGGCUAAUGUUCGAGUCUUGUUCAGUCACCACUUGAAUGGGGAUAUGAUCAAGCAGCAGAAGAAGAUUUUGGCUCGGCUAGGAGCUUCAGUAGCAUCCUCUAUUUCAGAAGCCACACACUUCAUAACAGAUGAGUUUGUGAGAACGAGGAAUAUGUUGGAAGCUAUUGCCUUUGGCAAACCAGUGGUGACACAUUUAUGGCUUGAGAGCUGUGGACAAGCUGGUUGUUUCAUUGACGAGAGAACUUACAUAUUGAGAGAUGCCAAAAAGGAAAAGGAGUUUGGCUUUAGCUUGCCAGUUUCAUUGGCACGUGCAUGCCAACGUCCACUUUUACAGGGGCAAAAAGUUCUGAUCACUCCAAAUACAAAACCUUGUAAAGAACUACUGGCGAGCUUGGUUAAGGCAGUUCAUGGCCAGGUGGUGGAAAGAAUUGGCAGAUCAGCAUUCAAGGAUAGUGAAAUUCCGGAGGAGUUCUUGGUUUUAUCGUGCGAGGAAGAUUAUGCUAUCUGUGUGCCUUUUCUUGAGAAAGGGGCUGCAGUUUACAGUUCCGAGCUGCUACUUAAUGGAAUGGUUACCCAGAAGCUAGAGUACGAAAGACACCGUCUCUUCGCAGACUGCAUCGAGAAAACCCGUUCAACGAUAUGGUUGAAACAAAACAGUGAUCGUUAUCUGCCUGUGACUAAACGCAAAUAAGAUUUGCUUUUUUCCCUUUCUGUCUUGCUUUCUCGGUGCAUAUUCUUUAAUCUUUAGUGCUCAAAUUUUGUUUGCUUAUCCUACUUGUUCACCGGCGUGUAGCUAGGCAAGUCUUGUCAUUGUUGAGUGUGCUUCAGUUGUUUUUAACUGGGGUUGUAUUACGGAGUUCUUUAGUGUUUCUUUCGGGUUCUUUUUUCCCCGUGUCUUAUUGGUCCUUUACCUCUUGUAAUUUGAUCCUCUUGGAUCUUCUUUAUAAUGACAAUUGCAGUGAUCUUCUUCUCAAAAAAGAAAAUUACUUCAGUGUA